UAUAUAAUUGAACUGGGCGAAACUCUUUAGUGUAUAGUGAAAGACCGGAGGGGGAAAUAUUAAGCUUUGUAAACACCGAGACGGCACCUAUCUCGUUGCUGGCAGGCUAACAGGAACUAAGAGCCUACUCUGAAUCCAGUCAAAAACCUGGAACUUUAUGAAAGCGAAGGACUUUUUAUUGGAGUUAUAUUUGUGGUUCUCGGAAGCUGGCAGAAAGAACAUUUUGCUACGACUCUAGCAGCAGUGAAAACAAAGAGGGAUCCUGUCUGCUGAUGAGGCAGAGACCUACCCAAAGUUGCUCUAUGACUCCCCCAGACGUUGGAUUAUUCUCUGUAUGGUUACUCUUUCUGUAAUGGAAGUCCCACACAGGAUGUCCCACUUUUAAGACGAGGGAGGGGGCACAUAUUCCCCUUUGGGACACGUCUGAGAGUUAACAAAGGCUCAUUGGAUUGAUUGCACUGCUCCAUUACUUUGUAACAACGUACCAUAGUCCGAGUGGCUGGUAAGAGGAAGCAUUGAUUCCUUUCAGCAUUUUCUCUUUGGCAAAGCAUCAGAAGUUUUGGACUUGUAGUCAAGGGGUGUAAGCAAAAAGGGGUACACGUUGUGUCGCAUACACACCCAGUUCUACUUCGGUUUGUCAGGGGAUGAUGGAAAUACCCUUCUAUCAUGAUAAUGUGUUGAAUGUUCAUCAGGCUUCCCUCUACAUUUCUGCUCUUGACGCUAUGAUGAAAAAGGAUCUGAACCUUGACCUGAACGACCAGGUUGUAGCUAAUUUAAAGCCACAUCUCCGUGGUGGGGACGGCAUGCUUACCUCCCCUGAUCUUGGACUACUGAAGUUGGCUUCUCCUGAACUGGAGAGGCUUAUUAUCCAGUCAAAUGGCAUGGUCACCACCACACCUACUACUAGCCAGUUUAUGUACCCAAAGGUGGCUAGUGAGGAGCAAGAAUUUGCAGAGGGCUUUGUGAAGGCACUGGAAGAUCUCCAUAAGCAGAACCAAUUGGGGGUUCAAUCAAAUACUUUGGAUAUAAGCUCAGUUUCUGCUGGAUCUAGCCUUCAGCCUCCACCAACAUCUGAUGCUCCUGUCUAUGUCAAUCUUAGCAACUACCCUAGUGGGGCUAUGGGAACCGCUGUCAAUUAUAGUACUGAGACUGUGCCAUACCCACCACCACCAUCAAACAUGAUACAGCAACCAGCACCUCCACCACCCAGAUUGCAGGCUCUGAAAGAUGAGCCACAGAUUGUACCAGAGGUGGCCAGCUUUGGGGAUAGUCCACCAAUGUCCCCUAUAAAUAUGGACACACAGGAAAGGAUCAAAGCUGAGAGAAAGAGGCUGAGAAACAGGAUAGCAGCAUCUAAAUGCAGAAAAAGAAAGCUUGAGCGAAUCUCCAGACUAGAGGAAAAAGUAAAGAGCCUUAAGACACAGAACACUGAGUUGGCAUCUACUGCUAACCUGCUGAGGGAACAGGUGGCCCAACUAAAGCAAAAGGUCAUGAGUCAUGUCAACAGUGGCUGCCAGCUUCUGCCCCAACAGGUCCAAGCCUACUAAGCACUGGCUCUUUCAUCUAUUAUGCGGACCUAUCCAUUGCUUUACCUUACACCUCUAACAUUUAUUCCAGUUUUGAGAAGCUCACUAAGUAAAUUUAGUUGUGACUUUGUCAUUUUUGUAAAGAUUAUCGUCACAAAUGACCAAAGACUCUGGGGGUGGCCUAUCACUUUGGGAAGCAUCAAACCUCUCCCAUUACUACUGAUCAUAACCAAAUAGCAUCAUCUAAUGUAGGGUGACCCUUUAAAAGAAAUGUAAACACAACCAUGGUGGAGGAGCAAGGUGUUGGAAUGAUAUUAGGGCUGCAAAUUUCUUGAGACUGAUACUUUUGAGACACAGUGUUGCUGCAGAGUUUGUUUUAUUUUUUUGUUUGUUUGUUUUUCUUCAUGUAAACCAUCCUGCAUAGUACAGACAGAUUUACCAAUUUAACACCAUAACACAAACUGUAAGGAACAUUGAAGAGGCCCAAAACAACA